GCUCAGUCGGUAAGUUCUUGAAUUUGAAGUGUCCGCUGCAGGAGGUGGUUAAGAAAAAAACAUGGCCGCAGUUGUAAGUAGUUGUGACAGUCGACGAAAAUAAAGUAAAGCAAAAACAUGUAAAUAAAAAAAGUGGUGUUUUGUGUGCGGUUAGGUAUCGGAACAAAUCAAUGGAGGCGUGUUUCUCUCACAGUGUUGGUAACUAUGUGAAAAAGUGGGUGCUGUUUUGGAUGUAUGUUGUGUUUGGUGACCACCUGGCUCUGUCUUCGCUGUCAACCGGGCCUUAUCAUUCAAAAUAAGAUGGGCAGUGUUUAUUUUACAUGGAAUUAUUCAAGGAGUGUCACGUUGAACUGACUUGACGAUCUCGACGGAUGCCUCCGUUGGUGGAGCACUACCACUUCCUGACGUCCAUGGAACCGCCCCGCAAUGGAGACAUGGUCAGCUCGGUUCAUGUGGGCGAGCGAACGCACCGCAGCGCCAACCCCAUCACGCCGACGUUGUGGACGGCUCUCUACGACUACGACGCCCAGGGCGAGGACGAGCUCUCGCUGCGUAAGGGUCAGAUUGUGGAGGUGCUGUCCGAGGACGCGAAGAUCUCGGGCGACGAGGGCUGGUGGACCGGCAAGAUCGGCGACAAGGUCGGCAUAUUUCCGUCGAACUUCGUCGCGUACGACGACCCGAUCAACCACGUCAACUCGAUCAUAGCGGACAUCCAUCCGAUCGAGAUCGACUUCGGCGAGUUGGAGCUCGAGGAGGUGAUCGGCGUCGGCGGUUUCGGGAAGGUGUACCGCGGCGUGUGGAAGGAACACGAGGUGGCCGUCAAGGCCGCCCGGCAGGACCCUGACGCUGACGUUUCGGUGACGCUGGAGAACGUCGUCAAGGAAGCGAAACUCUUCUGUCUGCUGCAGCACGUCAACAUCGUGUCGUUGGAGGGCGUCUGUUUGCAGGAACCGAAUCUGUGUUUAGUGUUAGAAUAUUGUCGGGGUGGUUCGUUAAAUAGAGUGCUGGCGGGGAGGAAGAUUAGGCCGGAUGUCUUGGUCGAUUGGGCUAUACAGAUCGCAAGGGGGAUGGACUAUUUGCAUUGCGGUGCACCCAUUUCACUCAUUCAUCGGGACCUGAAAAGUUCUAAUGUUCUCCUUCGGGAGACGAUAGAGAACGACGACCUGCAGUUCAAAACCCUGAAGAUAACGGACUUCGGUUUGGCUCGCGAGGUGUACAAGACCACGCGGAUGUCACAGGCGGGCACGUACGCCUGGAUGGCGCCCGAAGUAAUCAAGAACUCUACCUUCUCGAGAGCGAGCGACGUGUGGAGUUACGGUGUGGUCUUGUGGGAGUUGUUAACGGGCGAAACGCCAUACAAAGGCAUCGACACCCUGGCCGUAGCGUACGGCGUCGCCGUCAACAAACUCACCUUGCCCAUACCCAGCACGUGCCCGCAACCUUGGAGGGAACUGAUGGAGAAAUGUUGGAAGUCCGACCCUCACCACAGACCCACUUUCGAACAAAUCCUCCAGGAUCUAGACAUAAUAGUCCACUCAGCGUUCACCCAAACACCGCACGAGAGUUUUCAUAUAAUGCAAGAUGACUGGAGACAAGAGAUUGAAGAGGUCCUCUUAGAACUUCGCAGGAAAGAGAAGGCAUGUAAAUCAUUUGAAGAGGAGUUGCGUUGCAGGGAAGAGGAUCUCAAUAGGGCUCAAAUGAAACAGAGGCUGCACGAGGAACAACUGCGGCAGAAGGAGCAGGAGUUGCAGGCGAGGGAAAUCGACUUGUUAGAAAGGGAAUUACAUUUUAUGAUAAAGCAGCAGACCCCUACCCCUAUUAAGAGGAAAGGAAAAUUCAAGAGGUCGAGGUUAAAACUGCUGAAGAAGGAACCCGGAAGCAACAUCAGCUUUCCUUCGGACUUUCGACACACGAUAACGGUACAACAUAGCACUUUAGACCAUAAAGCCAUCACUGGGGUAAUUUCACCGCAUAGUCCUCCAGGAUCGCCGGCCAUCGCCAGGCUAAGAGCGAUAGCACUACCAGCGGACGGCGUAAAGGGGAAAACGUGGGGUCCUAGCACGUGCCACCAGCGCGAACGGGGCCAGAUAACGAUGCUCAGGCCGGCGCCGAACAGGAGCGCGAUCUGGUCGAAAAGCGCCCCCAAUCUGGACAAGACGAGGAGCACCGUGCUGAGCCGGCCGCCUCACGACAUAGAUUUCAUUCCGCCUGAAGAUUGGGGCCCUGAAUAUCCCAUUCCAGGAACGAUUAGGCAUAACGUGCCCAUUCCCACUCUGUACAGUGCGGACGGUCAAAGGUUGAAACCAAAGUUAAGUAUUGUGGAAUUAGUUUUGUACAACAUCGCUGCCAUGUUAGCGGGAGUCGCCUCAGGUUAUGACGUAAGACUGUCGAACGUGUCGCCGUUACAUCCAAGGCUGCAACCAAACAGGCCGGAAAUAGUGGAUCUGCCCGCCUGGCGUCCCAUCGAAAAUCAAGACUACGAAUACUCAACGACAUCAGGCUACAGCCAUAACACGUACCACGGCCCAACUCGGCACUACCGACCCAUGCUGACCGGCUCGCAACUCAUCACCCUCCAGCACGAAGAGCAGCGUCCCCUCCGCUUCACCGACUCGCCGCAGCACCACCCGCCCAACCCCUCUCCGCGCCGGAAGUCCAGCUCCACUAGCAACGACGGCUCCGAGCUGUACCCGCCGUACGACCGGACGGCCACAAUCUACGUGCCCGGCGACUACCAGGGCGACGCGCACUGCCCGGGCUGUGCGGGUCGGUCGGACCCUGCCGUGGGCUACCACUACGGCCACUACCCCCCGGACCAGUAUGCGGGCUACAGCUCCGAGUACAGUGGCACCACGAUGUACGGCUACGGCACUGAUUACGCGUACGACAAUCCGAGUAGUGUCAGCAGCCACAGCGGCUCGCGGACGCCGCAGCGGCUGCCGCAGGGCCACAGGCGGACUCCCUCGAACGUGUCGAACAGCUCGACCGCGACCAGUGGCUCGAACGUGAACCCUAGUUUUAAGUUGGAGGACGAGGGUAGCUACUCGAGCUACCUGCGGCGGCCGUACGAACUCGACUACAACACCUUUUCGCGACAGAAUUCGCAGGACUCGAAUUUUGAGCGGCCGACGACGUUGGAGACGUCGGGAUACACGAAGCUGCGGUCGAGUCUGAAGAGAAACAAUUACCAGGCGGGGCAGGGACACUCGGGGGGAAACACCCCAACGAACCCGACUCCGCCGGAUAGUUUAACGAGCGACGAUAGUUCGUACGUGUCAGCGAAAGAUAGCAACAGUUCGGUCAGUCGGGUGAGAUUUUCACCUACCACGUUGAUAGAUCUACCGGUUCCGGGGCAGAAUCAAGAUCCGACGGUUCCGUUGCAGGCGAGGAGAGCGAGGAAGCCGCUGGUGGAGAAGGAGUUUUGGUCAUAACAUUUUGUGUAUAUUGUGUAGCGCGAUGUGGCUUACGUAAUUUUCUUGAGGUUUUUGAGGGUUAACAUCGGCUACAUUGAGGAAUUUAUUGUUAGCAAUAUUGAGGUAUUUAAUACUAGCCAAUAAAGUGAUUCGUGUGAUGUUAAGGGAUGGGGAGCCUGUUCGUUAACAAAUCGAUUGCUUGAUUUUACGGCUAAUUUUAUUCAUAUACGACCAAUACCAUUUCCAAAAGGUCUGGCGCAGUAGGCCGUAAUUUGGGUAAUUCAUCUCCUCUAGCACCGACUUUGUGAUGAAUAAUAUACUAGAGGACGUUAAUUACUUAAUAUUUCAAAGAACCAGAUAUGAAUAAAAUCAAUGAUAGCAGUAAUGAAUUACAGCGCCAUCUAAUUUGGCGCAUAAACAGUAAUAUGGCUUUGGGUUUACAACUGAAUCCCAAUUUUGUAUUUAUCAUUCUUUGACAAUAAUGGUUAAAACAAAAAUAUAAUUAUUUAAACUGAACAUUUUCUCAGUUCAGUUCAUUCAGUUUUUUGACGUAUGAUAAUAUGAAUAAUGAUGGAGUAGUGUUACGGGCCAUAGAAGACAAAACGAUCAUCGAUGUCCCAUCAAUUUCAGUUAACUGAAAUUGUUACUUGUAUUUAAUACCAAAAUAAAAUUGACUAAAAAAUAUUUUACAAUUUAUUUUUUUAAAUAAUAAAAAAGACAAUAGUUUGCAAUAUUUUUUUCUUAAAAUAUUUCAAAUUAUUGUCUUUUUUAUUAUUUAAAAAAUGAACAUCGGCUGUGCUUACAGAUUAUUGUUUCUAAUAUUCUUUUUGAAAAUAACGUGUUUUUACUGUGUAAAAUAUAGACAUAGAGAAUGAAACACCGCUAUUAUGUUCUAUAUUGCAAUUUAAAAGUUAACUCGAUUCGUCAAUCAUUUUAUAAGCUUUUAGUGGAUAUCAGUCAUAAGCUUUCAUAUGCUGAACAUAAAUCUUCCACUAACUGAAAUAGUUUCCAAAUUUAAAUUUCUAUGAUUAUCUAAAAUUCUUACGUUUUUGGGGAAACGAUACUGUAUGAAUAUUUAAUAACUGAUGUGAUGUGAUGUCUAAAAUAAUAAAGGUGGAAAAUAUCAAAAACUACCACUGUUUUCUACUGUUACCAGCGUCUCUAAGCUAGAUGACCAACAUAUUAUGAUAACUCUGUCACAAGCUCCAAAAAUGAUGCAGAAACAUAAUUUUUUUAUGAACAGCAAAAAUCAAAUUUGUCAGUGCACUUGCGUAAUUUUUUAAUUAUAAAAAAAAACAGAUGAUUUCAAAAUAGUAAUGCAAUCAGUUUUAUAAACGUUGUAAUUAACUAUAGUUUUCGUAGGGACGAUACUAAGAGAAAAAUACUCAUUUAAGGCAGAUAUCAAUUGCUGUGAUGUAUUAUGGAAAAGAAGAUGGCGCUGAAAUCGAAAUUGUUUGGUAUUAAUUUUAAUAACAUCGACAGAAAUGACAGUUUCAUUUUCAUUAUGUGACUCCAUUUUCCGUAACUAAUUUUGGCUGUGGACUCGUUAGAUUUACAAAUCAAAAAUUGAAAUAACACACGCACGCAUUCCAGCUUGCAUUUAUUUCUCUUGGAUGUAGCAUAAAAAUGUGUUAGUGUCAUUUCUGGUGAAACUGACUUCAUCACGAAUUACAAAAGGCAACGCAUUUUGAGAAUCGAGCAGUCCCCUCCUUAAGUACACUUAUAUAUUCCUAGUCUAAUUGUGUAUAUUUAUUAUAUUUUAUAAUUAAACGGCAGAUGUUAACUCUGUACAAUGCGUAUUUUGGCUGUAAAUUUUUAUGGUAUUUGUAAUAAUUAUACGUAUGUUGUUUUUCGAAGUGGCCAAUAGAUCCCACCUUCGUGUGAUCUCUUGGCCAAUAUUCUGCUCAAGUCACUGUAUUUAGAAUAUCAGUGAAGACUCACAAACUGAAAUCAACAUUUCACAAUCCAUAGUGCCUGAUUAUGCAGCUUAGACGUACAAGUGAUAAAAACAUUAGUCAUUUUGGUGCAAUUUACUUAAAUAUGAUGCAUGGUUUUAAUGAUUUAGGUUUGUCGUAAAGAAAAUAUAAAAUCAUAAUAUUGCUGCCUUAAAGUAUUGAAUAGAAAAAAAUUAUCAUUAUGUGUAAAUUUUAUACCGGCGAGGUGGUGGAAGUUAACAGUUUGAUUUUUGAUGUCAAAACUUUUGUUCAAGUAGGAUUCUAUAAUGCGGUUGUUUGACUUUACUGAAAAAGACUGGCUUUAAACAUUCCAAGUAUAUCAAGUCUGGCUUUGCUUAGUCAUAUGCCCUGUUGAUAAUUAUUGUAAAUGAAACGACCAAUUUUAUUAAUUUGUAUAAAUGAAUAACAAGAUUUUAUUAAUUAACGUACUCAGUUCUUAAUGUUAGUAAGGGAAAAAGUAUUAUAAUGUAUUAUAUUGUCAGUGGAACUUCCUCCUAACCGUCGUUAUUUUCAGUUAAAAGGAAGUUUCACGUUAUUUAAGUACAUGUGGCCAUUGUAUUUUUAACAAUUACGAGGUUCAGUAUUGGAUAAAUUGUACAUAAAAUAUACAUACCGUAGAUUUUAGUUCAUAACACGUGGCUUCCACAAUGUGAAAAUCAUGUUAUAUUUAUUAAAUGAAAGAAACUUAUGUAUCAUACAUUCCAAAUUUCUUUUCACAAGAAACUAUUACUUAAUACUCAUUUGUGUGAAUUGUAAACGACUCAAAAUAGAAUUUAUAAAACUAAUGUCUUUUCUUGGAGCAAAGAUUAAUAAAAUCACUACAAGUA